UGACGUCAGCUUCCGCAGGUCCCAGCUGAUGCGCCGACGCUUCCGCUCCGUCUCCAAACUGCUCUUGACCACAUAGAUGUUGACGCACAAACACCCAGACGGCGUUUUAAUCGAGUAAAGACGGACAUCAUGUGGAACAGGGAGAGGAUAUCGCUGCUGUGUGUUUUCGUGCAGGCUGCGUUCGUCGUGACGCGUUGCUUCACCGACGUGGAAACGGGGCCUGGGGCAGGUGUAGCGACGCAGCCGAACGGAGAUCGGUUCAAAAUCGAGGGCAGGGCGAUCGUCCCCGGGGUGAAAACACAAGACUGGGUGUCCACGGCGCGGGUCCUAGUGGAAGGUGAAGAAUAUGUCGGAUUUUUGAGAACCGAUGGGAGUUUCGCUGUGAAUGACGUCCCGUCGGGAUCUUACGUCGUUGAAAUCGUCACCCCCACCUAUAGAUUUGAGCCGGUGCGCGUGGAUAUCACAUCCAAGGGGAAAAUGAGGGCGCGCCUCGUCAACUACAUCAAGACUUCAGAGGUCAUCCGGCAGCCGUACCCGCUUCAGAUCAGAGCUCACGGUCCUCACACCUACUUCAUGAAGAGGGAAACCUGGGGCUGGACGGACUUCCUUAUGAACCCAAUGGUUAUGAUGAUGGUUCUGCCUCUGCUCAUCAUCGUUCUGCUGCCCAAGGUGGUCAACACCAAUGACCCAGAGAUGAGAAAGGAAAUGGAGCAGUCCAUGAACAUGCUGAACCCCAACCCCGAGCUUCCUGACGUCUCCGAGCUCAUGACCAAGCUCUUCUCUGGCUCCAAGGGCUCCAGCAAGGCAGGCAGCAGCAGCAAGGGCACCAGGCCAGCUGUUAAGAGGAGGUAGUACUGUACACUGUACACGUCUCCUGGAUUCUGCCUAAAAAAAAAAAAAAUAAGCCUGACUUAUGCCAUGGAAGCAAGAUUUUUAAGUGUCAUUUCCCCCCCACCACCCCCUCUUCUAGGUUUAUUGUACAGAUUUCUUUAUUGACAGAUGUUUUGAGCACAUCUUUAUUUCUAAUGCGCUAUUGAGAACUGAGCGGAGUUCAUUUUUUCCCACUCCAUGCUGCACUGAUAUAAAUUUCUGCUAAUACUCUCAUUCUUUAACCUGCUACGCAUCAGUCUUUUCUGUGCUAACCCUCCAUUGUGCUUUUUUUUUUUUCACUGCUGCUAAUUCCACUACCUGAAAGAGAACAUAUAUACAUAUUCAGAGGUUUUCUUUUUUUUUUUUUCUUUUCUCGAUUUGGUUAAUAUGACUGUGAAUGAAGAUAAAUUGAAUUUUAACAUUGAUAAAUUCUUAUUUAAAAGCCUGGAUGAAUAAAUUGUGAUGGUAUAUGACAA